AUGGACUUCAAGUACUUAAUCCUAAUGAUCGCCUUCGCUACGGUCGAGAUAAACUUGACUGAGAGCCGUCAUAAUGACAAACGGAGGUGGAAAUCCGAAAAAUAUCCGCAAUCGCCAUUUGUUAACAUCUGCGAUAUCCAGGACCGGGUGUCUAAAGUACACUGUUACUGUGAGAGUAUUAAAAUAAAAACAGCCACAAAAGCCGAUUGCUGGGUAUUCAACGGGGGAAUAGCGGAAGAUGAUCCCUUUUGGUCUAAUUUUUAUUCACAACCCAAAAUAGAAAGGCUCACGUUUAACGUUCGAGCGGACGGGGGCUUAACGUACAUACCGGCCAAGGUUAUUGUUAGGCUUGAUCGAUUACAGUAUCUAAAUAUACAAUAUGCAAAUAUAUUUAGCAUACCGUCGUUCGCGUUCACAAAUUCGACAACGUUAAGAGAGAUAACAUUGCUGAAAAAUAAAAUUGGAAAAUUGGAGAGAAUGGCAUUCGCCCAUUUAAUAAUGCUAGCUAAUGUAAGCUUGGCCGAAAAUCAGAUAUCGGAAUUGCAGAGGGAUGUUUUUUACGUCCUACCAAAUUUACAGAGGCUAUAUCUGUCUAAGAAUAUAAUUAGCGUUCUACACGACGGCUGCUUCAAGCACUUGAACAAUUUAAUAAAAUUGGAUCUGAACAGUAAUUUGUUGACGGUUGUCAUUAGAGAAAACUUCCAAGGUUUGUCGAAUUUAAUCACGUUGGACAUGAGAAAUAACAAAUUGAUGAUGAUCGGAGAUCUGUCGUUUGCGGAACUUUGGAGCCUCCAAGAACUUUAUUUAGAUGACAACGAAAUAGAAUUUAUAUCCGAACGGGGUUUCGGCGGAUUGACACAGUUGAAGAAACUUUCUUUAGCCGAUAAUAAGUUGGGAGUGCUGGAUGAUGGAGUGCUCGACGACAUACAAAAGUUGAAUGUUCUGAAUUUGAUGAAUAACAAAUUGGAAACAUUAAAACAAGAAACGCUGAGGAGUGUUAUAGAAAAUAUGAAAUCGAAUUAUGCAUUAAUCUCUCUUGACGGUAACAGAUUAAUUUGCGACUGCCGUCUCUCGUGGCUGCACAAACUACGCAACGAGACACGAAGUAAACGCGUAAAAGCCUCCUUGGACCGACUUAGUUGUGUCAUGGAUAACAAACUAAAAACAAACUUAGUCAACAUGAAAGCACAAAAUUAUGAUGGAGCAUUGAAAAUUAAUUCUGGAUAUAAAACUGAAUCAGAAAAAUCUGAAGACAGUGAAGAAGAGUUUGAUGAUGAUAAUGUAUAUGAUGACGCUAUGAAAGACCAAGAUAUUGGACUUGAUGUUUCUAAAAAGGACUAUCGUAGGAAAGUGAUGGAAAUACCAGUUGACAUGCUCCCAUGCGCGAGCAAACUCAGCUACGAAGCCUCAUUUUCGCCACCGACGCAAGACGAAGUAAAAUAUUAUAAAACUUCAGGAUGUGAUAAGUGCUUAGCGUCAAUAAGUUUCAUAGCAUUAUGUACAUUAACGCGAAUAUUGUAG